CCGAGAUCAAGCGACACAUAUAAAUAAACAGUCAACAACCUCUGACCGUAUCAAGCCGGCUGUGAUUUUACACAAACUCCUCCCGUCUUCCCGCUCCUUCGUCCAUGCACCGAAUCGCACUUAGAAACUCGGUGCGCGCCCACGCGCUGGCCGCCGCAUCGAAGAGCAACCCCACCGUUGCCCGCUCAUACGCAACCGCAAAGGCCGCUGCGUCUGAGGUCUCGUCCAUUCUUGAGUCCCGCAUCGCUGGCACGUCUGUUGGUGGAAAUGUCGAGGAGACUGGUCGUGUCCUGAGCGUUGGUGACGGUAUUGGCCGUGUCUGGGGUCUCAAGAACGUGCAGGCCGAAGAGAUGGUGGAAUUCUCUUCCGGUGUCCGUGGCAUGUGUCUGAACUUGGAAGCCGACAACGUCGGUGUCUCCAUCUUCGGUAAUGACCGUCUCAUCAAGGAGGGAGACACCGUCAAGCGUACCGGCCAGAUUGUCGACGUUCCCGUCGGCCCUGGUCUGCUCGGACGUGUCGUCAACGCUCUCGGUGACCCCAUUGAUGGCAAGGGUCCCAUUGAGGCUGCCGAGCGUCGCCGUGCUUCGCUCAAGGCCCCUGGCAUUCUCCCCCGUCGGUCCGUCAACCAGCCCAUGAUGACGGGUAUCAAGCCCAUCGACGCCAUGGUGCCCAUUGGACGUGGUCAGCGUGAGCUGAUCAUUGGUGACCGUCAGACCGGCAAGACCGCCGUCGCCAUUGACACCAUCCUCAACCAGAAGCGCUGGAACGACGGUCAGGAUGAGACCAAGAAGCUCUACUGUGUCUACGUUGCUAUCGGCCAGAAGCGUUCGACUGUCGCCCAGCUCGUCAAGACCCUGGAGGCCAACGACGCCAUGAAGUACUCUAUCAUCGUCGCUGCCACCGCCAGCGAGGCUGCUCCCCUGCAGUACCUUGCUCCUUUCUCUGGCUGUGCCAUGGGUGAAUGGUUCCGUGACAACGGCAAGCACGCUCUGAUCAUCUACGACGACUUGUCCAAGCAGGCUGUUGCCUACCGUCAGAUGUCGCUCUUGCUUCGUCGUCCCCCCGGUCGUGAGGCUUACCCCGGUGAUGUCUUCUACCUGCACUCUCGUCUCCUCGAGCGUGCUGCGAAGAUGAACGACAAGUUCGGUGGAGGAAGUUUGACUGCCCUGCCCAUCAUCGAGACCCAGGGUGGUGAUGUGUCUGCUUACAUCCCGACCAACGUCAUUUCCAUCACUGACGGUCAGAUCUUCUUGGAGGCUGAGCUCUUCUUCCGUGGUGUUCGUCCCGCCAUCAACGUCGGUCUCUCCGUGUCCCGUGUCGGCUCUGCUGCCCAGACCAAGAUCAUGAAAAAGUUCGCCGGUUCGCUCAAGCUUUACCUUGCGCAGUACCGUGAAGUCGCUGCCUUCGCCCAAUUCGGUUCUGAUCUCGAUGCCUCCACCCGUUUCCUGUUGUCUCGUGGUGCCCGUCUCACUGAGCUGCUCAAGCAAGGUCAAUACCAGCCCAUGGCCAUGGAGCUCCAGGUCCCCAUCAUCUACGCCGGUGUCAACGGUCUUCUUGAUGCUGUUCCGGUCGACAAGAUCACCAAGUGGGAGUCUGAGUUCCGUACUCACCUGACCUCUACGCAAUCUGGUCUCCUCACUGAGAUCGCCACUGGCAACAUCACCGGUGACCUCGAGGCCAAGAUCAAGACCGUCGUCGAGGAGCACGUUGCCUCCUUCACCUCGUAAGGUGUUGAUCGGCGUGGACGACUGCCUCCUGUAAGGACAUAGAACCACUGGCUAUUGUAUCUUUCUUAAUCCUUCGGUCCUUACAGUGGACAGUGGCGGCGGCGGAACCAAAAACUAGUCCAGCAGCACCUGACGUAGAGUACAUGUGGCCGUUGUGCUGGUUGGCGGAAAACGAAUGGCGAUUUCUUUUGCUUCUUCAGUUGUGUGAAUUUGGCGCGUCUAUUUCUGAUAUCCUUGAUGAGAAUUGAAUGUGUACUAUCGGUGCCUUCCCACCACUGGCAUAUGCUCCCUCUAUGUGCGAUCAUCGGGUGCCGUCCUCUCCUCGUGGCCACGAGACACGAAUCAGCCCGGUUCGACAAUCAGAACAGAUUUGAAAUGGGCCAGAUGGAAUUCAGCUGAGGGAGAUUCAUCGAGAUCGCGAUGUGCGUCGGCGAGCCCCCAUAUGGAUGGCCGGGGGAGUGACGUUCGCCUAUCGCUCAAGUGCGUCAUCGCUGCGACGGGCUGUCGCGGUCUUAGAGCGCUUGAGCGAUGACGCGGGGAUACCUCUGGACACAAGCUGGAGAUACCGCCGACCCAUGACGGGUUCCGACUGGUUCCCUGCCCACGGUCCGAGGGAAUCGCGCGAGAAGGUCGCCUCGAUGAUUGGCGCACGAGGAGAUGUCGAGCAGCGCGGAAGAUUCCAGGAUCAGCGCGUCGGACGAGAUGACAAGGAGUGGGUAGGUGUGACUUGCGCAUCAGCGGCGUAGAACCCAAUCAUGUCGAUCACCAUGCCCCGCUGCUCGAACCAUGCCAUGGGCGAUCUGCGUGGGCCUCGGGAUCUUGGCAAGAUGCGCUGUCCGCGAGACGGACACGGAUAACCCCGGAGAGCCCCGGAGAUUGCGGCGCAUUCCGCAGCCGGGUACAGCGUUCACUUGUCGAGAAGAUGCCCCGCCGGGUGGAAGAGGCUAAUUGGCCCAUGGUGUUCUGUUCUUCCAACCACGCGAGACCUUGGCGGCGGGUCCCGUC